GUGCUCGCUCACAUCUGCUAUUGUGUUUUUAUCAACAAGGAGACCACCGUGGCCCAAGGGGUAACUGAUCUGGCCAACUGAACGACACGGGACGGGACUGCGAAACCAUGGCGGACGAACAAGAAAUAAUGUGCAAAUUAGAGAAUAUAUUGGAAAUACGGAACAAGACUAUCCAGAUGCAGAAAAUCAAAUCUCGUCUAAAGGUUGAGUUUGAGGCUCUGGAGUCUGAGGAGAAGCAUCUGAAAGAGUACAAGCAAGAGAUGGAUCUGCUUCUACAAGAGAAAAUGGCACAUGUGGAGGAGCUGCGCCUCAUCCAUGCUGAUAUCAAUGUGAUGGAGAGCACCAUCAAACAGUCGGAGAAUGACCUGAAUAAACUACUGGAAACAACUCGCCGCCUACAUGAUGAGUACAAGCCUCUGAAGGAGCAUGUUGAUGCCCUCAGGAUGACACUAGGUCUUCACAGACUCCCGAACCUGAACGAAGAAGAGGAGAAGCUUUCCCUGGAUUACUUUGAGAAGCAGAAAGCCGAGUGGCAAAAGGAGCCGCAUGAGCCUGCCAUCCCAGAAUCCCUUGCUGCUGCUGCGGCAGCAGCACAGCAGCUUCAGGUGUCCAGGAAGCAAGAUGCUCGCCAGACGGCCACGUUCAGACAACAGCCUCCGCCUAUGAAGGCUUGCCUGUCCUGUCACCAGCAGAUUCAUCGUAAUGCUCCCAUCUGCCCAUUGUGCAAGGCCAAGAGCCGCUCCCGCAACCCAAAGAAGCCCAAGAGGAAGCCAGAUGAGUAGAUCCCACUCUCCCUCAGCCUUGGUACCAUUUAAAGGGGCCUGGUUAAAGACACUGAUCUAAGAUCAGCCAUGUUCACAACUAUAUAUGGCUGAAGUAACAGACCAUUGCUUCAGGAUAAUUUCCACAGUCCCUGCUUUAACAAAGUGUAUUAGUACUUUUUUGCAUAAACUGUCCAGUCUGGUAAUGCCAUUCUGUUGUUUUUAUCAGUGUUUUGGAUGUUUGUCAUUGUAUGACGUCAUUGGUAGCUCUCCUAACCAUGUAAUACUGCAGAAAUGACUUGAGAAAAAAUGUCCAGUUAAUUUGCCCAUGUUGUUUUUUUAUUUGCUUAGAUAACGUGCUGUACUGUGUAUAUUUUUUUGCAAUGCAUGUGUGCUUCUGUGGCUGUUUGUGUAAUUUCAUGCCAGUGUAAAAACAAACAGGUUUGAUUGCAGAGUCCAAUAACACAAUGUUGGAUAACUGUUUACAGUGUUCAAGUAACCACAAACUGGAAAGAAAAAA